AUGAAAAAGCUGAAUUCGUCUUCGUCUGAUGUUGUCAUUGCGGGUAACAAUGGGAAUGGUAAUGCGGCGAAUCAAUUUAAUGGUCCAAUGGGUAUCUACAUAGACGUAAAUAAUGGAUCGAUUAUAUAUGUAGUCGAUAGUUCAAAUCAUCGAGUGCAACGAUGGGUUAUUGGAGGAACAACUGGUGUCACAGUAGCCGGCGGGAAUUCUAAUGGAACGGCUUUGAAUCAAUUGAAUAGCCCUCGAGCAGUUAUUAGUGAUUCAAACGGAAAUCUUUACGUUUCGGAUACGAAUAAUCAUCGAAUCGUUAUGUGGACUAGUGGAGCAACUGUUGGAAUACUUAUAGCAGGCACUAGUGGAGUGCAAGGUUCAACUGCAACAACUUUAAAAUAUCCGAAUGGAAUUACAUUUGAUGCAAACAAAAACUUGUAUGUUGCUGAUUCCAAUAAUUUUCGCAUCCAAAAAUACAUCGUAUGUGCAAGUACGACAACAACGACAAUUGCAACUACUACAACAGUUACGGCCGUUCCACCAUGUACACCUCAAUCGAGAUCAAGUGGAACAUUGUUUUCUGUUACCAAUCCAACAUCAUCGACUUAUCCAAUUUACACUUGCUAUGCAUACACUUGGGUGGCCACUGGAUCAUCAGCAACAUUAUCCUUCUUUUUCCGUCAUGACCCCGGUGGUUGGAUGCUAGACGAUGUUAAGGUUUAUCGUGGUUUGACACAAUUAAUUACGAACGGGGGAUUUGAAACCGGUGAUCUGACUGGCUGGACUUAUUCGGGUUCAUGUAAUUAUUACACUGGUUCGGCGUACUCGGGAAGUAGUUAUGCUAAAUCAGGAAGCUAUUACUAUUACGAUCGUUGCGCUUACGGUGGGGAUACAAUAAGUCAAACAUUUUCAACAGUUGCCGGUGAUAUAUAUGUUAUUAGUUUUUGGCUAACAAACUAUUCGUGCUGUUCAGCAACUGAAAUUGCUAAUGUUACGAUAAUAUGA